UCAUAAAACUCAGCACAAAAGAAAAUGGCUAGCAGUAGUGGCAAAGCUCUCAAGUUUGUCCUCUUCCUUGGAACAGUGAGGGAUAAUAAUAUGGGAUCUCGGGCUGCUUCUUUUGUCAUGAAAAAACUUAAAGAAAAAGGCCACGAUGCAACACUCCUUGAUCCAGAAGUCCUUGGUUUGCCUCUCUUGAAGAAACCACUUCAUUUUUAUGAAGACCGCACCCAAGCUCCACAAGUACUCCAAGACACCGUCAAAGUCAUCGAAGCAGCCGAUGUCUACAUGGUCAUAACGGCGGAAUACAACCAGUGCCUUCCUCCAGCCCUGACCAACAUGAUGGACCACUUCCCAAUCCCUGCAUACAAGUAUCGCCCGAGUGGUAUCGUUUGCUACUCCAUGGGGUCCUUUGGAGGCAUCAGAGCUGCUAUCCAGGCUCGUUCAUUGCUCGGAGAGCUAGGAUCGCCUUCACUUGGAUGCUUCGUAAUACCUCAAAUUCAAAAUGAACUUUCGGAAGAUGGAACGCUUAAGGGGGAAAAUAAAGAGAGGUUGGAAAAGAAUGCUGACAAGAUUAUUACUGAAUUGGCCUGGCUAGGCGAUGCCAUCAAGAGCAAGAAAGAUAGCGAAGGGUUUCCUAAAUUAUAGAAUGGAAUCUACAGUUAUAUUGAAUGAACAUAGUUUAGAUAUAUAGUUAGAAUCUCUAGAAACACUCAUAAGGACUAAUAGAUUAGAUUUAUAAUAAUAUUAUAAACUUUUUUAUUCAUUUUUGAUGAUAAUUUUGUCUCGAAUUUUGUGGCUUCAACCACUAAUUAAUCAAUCAAGAAAGACCAAACCCUCACAAUGUUCUUUAGAGGGGUUCUGAUCAUCUCUUAUUUCUACCUCUUACAUUUACUGAUCUCUUCAUCUUUCCUCUUCUCCUUAGCUCAGCAUCAUCCUCAAAGACCUGUGCUCUCUGAAUCUUUUAAUGCUCAGAUUUAUGUGCAAUACAUUGACAUACCAGAUCAGUACACAGUCUUAGGAGAAGGAUUCAUUGGGAGAGAUAAUAAGAAAUUAAAACAAGUUGUCAGUCUAAAUAUAAUCAAGUUUGAGUCUUCGACUAUCUAUUACCAACUCAAGCGUUAUGACCUCAGGCGGAUUUACACUGUAACAGAGGACCCAAGAAUGGAGAAAUAUUGUGAUUCUGAAGCACUAACAGGUCCAUUUGGAGAGAUAUGGGAUUGGGUUGGUCUUGCAAGAUAUGUGGCAACAGUUGAUGUGGACGGAAACAAGUUUGACAUAUGGAACCAUACAGAUCAGCGAGGAGUCACCACACAGUCUUUGUGGGUGAAUAGGUCUGAUCCCAAUAGGCCAGUCCGUUAUGUUGCUGAAAGCAUAAAUGUUAAUAUUUCAGUGGUAGACUUUAAGACGUAUCAUCCAAACCCACCUUCUGAUCCUCGGCAGUUUGAUGUUCCAAAGAUAUGCCGGGAAGUGUUGCUUCCAACUGCUAAGCAUUAUAUGAACUUUAGUGAAGACUUUGAUGAUGAAAGAUAUAAGAAAAAACAAUAAUUAAACUAAUUUUAGUGGUCUCAGGAAUGUUUGGUUAAAUACUUUUUGUGGAUUCUUCUCACUACAGACCAAACCCUUUCUCUGACUUUACUGACCUCACCUCACAAUGCUCUUUAGAGGGCUACUGAUCAUCUCGUAUUUCUACCUCUUACAUUUACUGAUCUCUUCACCUUUCCUCUUCUCUUUAGCUCAGCAUCACCCACAAAGACCUGUACUCUCUGAAUCUUUCAAUGCGGAAAUUGAGGUUCAAUUUGUCAAUAUUCCAGGUCAAUACACAGUCACUGGAGGAGGGUUUAUUGGUAGAGAUAAUAAGAACUUGAAUCAAGUUGUCAAUCUUCAGCUGACAAAAUUUGAGUAUCCUUCCAUCUACUAUCAGUUAAAGCGACAUGACCUAAAGCAAAUGUUCACCGUUACAGAAGAUAUACGAGGAGAAAAAUAUUGCUCACGUGGCCCAUUUUUGGGACCAUUUGGAGAGGUAUGGAGCUGGGUUGGACAUGCUAAGUUUGCUGGAGUAGUUGACGUUGAUGGUAGCAAAUUUGAUACAUGGAAUUAUACAGAAGGAAUCACUACACAGUCUUUAUGGAUAAACAGGUCACAUAUUCACAGGCCAGUUCGUUAUAUUUCUGAGAGUAAAAAUGUAAAUAUUUCAGUCGCUGAUUUUAAGAUCUAUCAUGCAAAUCCACCCACUGAUCCUGACGAGUUUGAAGUACCUUCAAUAUGUCAAGAGACGAUGCUACCUACUGCUAAACAUUAUAUGAAUUUUAGCCAGGAUUUUGAUGACACAGAGGAUAACAAAAAUGACAACUAGCAUAUUUUAUAGUGCUGGUUUAAUUUCAGAAAUGAUAAUUUCUCUACUAAAUGGUCAGAUUAUUUUCUGGUUGUAAUUUGUGUGGAUUCUAUACUUUGCAUAGACCAAACCCUUUGUGACCUUAGCUGAUGUACUGACCUCACCUAACAAUGCUCUUUAGAGGGCUACUGAUCAUCACUUAUUUCUACCUCUUACAUUUACUGAUCUCUUCAUUUUUCCUCUUCUCUUUAGCUCAGCAUCAUCCUCAAAGACCUGUACUCUCUGAAUCUUUCAAUGCUCAGAUUGAGGUAAUAUAUGAGAGUAUACCAGGAAAUUAUACAGUCACAGGAGAAGGAUUUAUUGGCAGAGAUUACAAGAAAUUGGACCAGCUUGUCAACCUUCAAACUAAAUGAUUUGGAUAUCCAUCCAUCUAUUAUGAACUCAAGCGUUACGAUAAGCAACGAAUUUUCAGAGUUGAAGAGGAUAUGCGCGAAGGAAAAUAUUGCAUGACUCGGCCUUUUCUGGGCCCAUUUGGAGAGGUUUGGGACUGGGUUAGCAAGGCCAAGUUUGUAGGAACAGUAAAGGUAGAUGGUAACAGAUUUGAUGUGUGGAAUUAUACAGAAGGCAUAUAUACACAGUCUUUGUGGAUGAACAGGUCGCAUAUACAUAAACCAGUUCGUUACAUUGCUGAAAGCACCAAUAUCAAUAUUUCUGUGGUGGACUUUAAGAUCUAUCAUGCAAAUCCACCCACUGAUCCUGAUGAGUUUGAAGUACCUCCAAUAUGUCAAGAGACGAUGCUACCCACUGCUAAACAUUAUAUGAAUUUUAGUCAGGAUUUUGAUGACACAGAGGAUGAUAAAAAUGACAACUAGCAUAAUUUUAUAGUGCUGGUUUAAUUUCAGAAAUGAUAAUUUCUCUACUAAAUGACCAAACCCUUUCUGACCUUAGCUGAUGUACUGACCUCACCUCACAAUGUUCUUUAGAGGGCUACUGAUCAUCUCUUAUUUUUACCUCUUACAUUUACUGAUCUCUUCAUUUUUCCUCUUCUCUUUAGCUCAGCAUCAUCCUCAAAGACCUGUACUCUCUGAAUCUUUCAAUGCUCAGAUUGAGGUAAUAUAUGAGAGUAUACCAGGAAAUUAUACAGUCACAGGAGAAGGAUUUAUUGGCAGAGAUUACAAGAAAUUGGACCAGCUUGUCAACCUUCAAACUAAAAGAUUUGGAUAUCCAUCCAUCUAUUAUGAACUCAAGCGUUACGAUAAGCAACGAAUUUUCAGAGUUGAAGAGGAUAUGCGCGAAGGAAAAUAUUGCAUGACUCGGCCUUUUCUGGGCCCAUUUGGAGAGGUUUGGGACUGGGUUAGCAAAGCCAAGUUUGUAGGAACAGUAAAGGUAGAUGGUAACAGAUUUGAUGUGUGGAAUUAUACAGAAGGCAUAUAUACACAGUCUUUGUGGAUGAACAGGUCGCAUAUACAUAAACCAGUUCGUUACAUUGCUGAAAGCAACAAUAUCAAUAUUUCUGUGGUGGACUUUAAGAUUUUUCAUCCGAGCCCACCCACUGAUCCUGAUGAGUUUGCAAUACCUCCAAUAUGUCGAGAGACAAUGCUACCCACUGCUAAACAUUAUAUGAAUUUUAGUCAGGAUUUUGAUGACACAGAGAAU